AUGGCCCAUGAAUUAGCACAAUCGAUUGUCAUUGCAGCACAAACACUGAAACUGGAGGAGGAAGGAAUCACAGUAGCUGGGAUGCUCUACACAACUGGUGAGAAAAGUGGAACGUUGACACUUCGAGAUUACAACCAAGGUGACAAAAAGGUCUUCUAUGACUACUUUGAAGUUCUACAAGAGGCCAAGGCACGCGGAUUAGUGCCUAUUGAAGAAGAAAUUGCAGAGAAAAUCAUGCAAAAAGCCAACAGAGCGCACAGCUCAGCUGGUGUAUCCAAGAAUGUCCUUGCGGUUUUCAAGAACUCUACGAACUCUGUCAAGAUCAACAAAAAGACUGAGGCAUAA